UUGCUCAGGCGACAACGAGAGGUGACUUCGCCAACCGGAUAUGAGGUAGUUGAUGGUUCAGCAAAGUUCAAUGAUACAGCAUUUUCCGCGCAAAUCAAAAACAAGGACCUGACGCUCGAUCUUCACAUAAUCUCUCUGCACGAUUCCACUUUUCGACUGGUCAUCGAUGAACCUAAAGGAGCCAAACGAAAGCGGUUUCGACCGCUUGACGCCCUCGCAGAGCGAGAUCCGAAACAACAGAAAAUCAAAAAAUCAAAAAGUGACGGAAAGGUGUCAAAGAUGAUCACUGAUGAUGGCCACCGAGUUGUAGUGACCCAUAGUCCUUUACGAAUCGACUUUUACUCGAAAGAUAUCCUAGUUACCUCUAUCAACUCUGCUGGUCUGCUUAUGGUAGAACCGUUCAAGAAGAAGGUUCUGCUGACAGAUCGAGAGAAAGGCUAUUGGGAAGAGACCUUUGGAGAUCACAAGGAUACAAAACCCUACGGCUCAUCGUCAGUGGCUGUGGAUAUAACUCUGGUUGGGAUGCGCUUCGCCUUCGGCCUCCCAGAGCAUGCAGAAUCGUAUGCCCUUAGGGAUACUAAGUAA